GCGCCACAUAAGUCGCAGGCGCGGAGCUUCAGGACACUGGGGGCAAAAAUAAAAGAAAGAAAAAAUUACACACAAGUCUCCGCUGCGCGAGACAAAGUAUCGCGAUACCUCCGCUGGGCCAGGGGGAUGGUGUGAAGGCACAUCUGUGAUGAGGCAGCAUCUAAAUAAAAAUUGGCCUGAGCAGAGCAAACUGCAUCUUAGCUAAAACCUGGAUUCUCCAACUUCUUUAAAACUCCAGCUUCUUUAUAAACCACAGAGAUUGGGUGGUCCAACUGGACAAACGAAGCUAGGGCACAAGAAACAACCAGAGAGCAGUGUUUCAGAGAGGGGACUUGGACCAUGUUCAUGAAGAGAUAAAAAAUGGUCCGUAGUGGGAAGAAUGGUGGUCUCCAUCUGAAACAGAUUUCACAUUACAAACGAACAGGAGAGUAUCAUCCAACAACACUAUCGAGUGAAAGAAGUGGAAUAAGAAGAGCAGCCAAAAAAUUUGUUUUCAAAGAAAAUAAGUUAUUCUAUGUAGGAAAAGACAGAAAACAAAUGCGCUUGGUAAUUUUUUCAGAUGAGGAGAAGAAGAAAGUGCUAGAAAAAUGUCAUGCAAAUACUGCAGGCACUCAUCAUGGUAUAUCAAGGACUCUGACCUUAGUGGAAUCUAGUUACUACUGGACUUCUGUAACAAAUGAUGUCAAACAGUGGGUGUAUGCUUGUCAGCUUUGCCAGGUGGCAAAGAACACAGCUGUUACAUCACCCAUAUUGCACCCUAUCAAAGCAGAGGAGCCAUGGACAGCAGUUACUAUAGACCUAAUGGGACCUUUUGAUGCCACCAGCAGAAGCCAUGUGUAUGUCAUAAUCAUAACAGACUUGUUCACAAAAUGGCUUGUGGUUCUUCCACUGGCUGACAUCUCAGCAGCUGAAAUUGCUAAGGCAGUUGUCAGUGUGUUUUUCUUGUAUGGGCCACCUCAAAAAAUGGCUAUUGAUCAAGAAGAAGAGCUUGUUGAUCAGAUAAACAAAGAACUAUUUGCUCUCUUUGGAAUGAAACAAAUAGUAAUGUCGUACCCUCGGGUGGAGGACACAAAUGAAAGAACAUGCAAGAAAAUCAAAACCUUUCUUAACAAAUACUGCAUGGACCAUCCAAAUGACUGGGAUGAUCAUUUAUCUGCUAUUGCCUAUGCUUUUAACUUGACACAUUUGGAGCUAGCCCCAAACACACCUUAUUUCCAGAUGUUUAAUCGGAAACCAUAUAUAUCAGAGAUUUCAAACAUACCACAGGAAGUUGAAGAAGAUAAUAAAUGUAUGUUUGCCAAAAUACUUGAAGCAGUUAAACAAACUAAUCAAAUAUUGGAGGAAAGGAAAGCUACAGAUUGCCAGACAGUGAAAAAUGCUCAGGAUGAACAGCAAACGGGAAAUAAGUUCAUUAUUAAAAGGAAACCAAAGCAAUUAAAUCCACUUCACCUCAAAGUUGGACAUGAAGUACUUAGACAAAAGAAGAACUGGUGGAAAGAUGGCCGUUUUCAAUCAGAGUGGGUUGGUCCCUGCAUUAUAGAUUAUAUCACAGAUAAUGGGUGUGCAAUACUACGUGAUAACACAGGGUCCAGGUUGAAAAGACCCAUCAAAAUGUCUCACCUUAAGCCAUAUAUAAGAGGAUCCAGUGAUCAAGAUGAGCAUUACUUUCUACAAGGUGCAAUAGUGGUUGACCAUGACUAUGUUGGCUUAUCUGAAAGAUCCUGUGGGCUGGUCUGCCAAGAUACCAUCACCAAAGGGGAAGGAAACACCUUUACAACAAAUGAUGAGUUGCCUCCACCUGACAAAGCCCUUGAACUGUCAACAUGUAAAAGUCAGCAAAAGUCACAAAAAAGUGAUCUUCCUGUAUUUAUGGAAGAUCACAACAUUCCACCAGCUAAUGUAAAUUCAGAGCAGUGGCCUCCCACCUGUUGGACUCUUCAGACCAAAAUAGAGGAUACCUAAGUAAAUAAAACUCCAUGUUAUUCCUCUGUGGCAGAAAUGGUUCUAUGCUUCGGUGGUAGGCUGAAAAAACUUUGGAAGUUCUUCAUCCUUUGACUAAAUUAUAACUGUUAAAUACUUUGACUUAUUUACUACUGUAUGUGCUUUGGAAUAUUGUAGGACUAUGGGGUUUCAUUUUGUAUAUGAACUAAUGUGCCUUUGUUGUUCCACAAAGAACAUAGGGAGAGCACAGUAAAAGCACAUUUCAUCAGAUUCAAUUUCAGUUUAAGCUACAGAAUAUUGAUAGAUUAAUCUAGUCUUACUUCAUUUUUCUAGUUCUUGAUUACAAAAGUCAUAGCCAGUCAUUACAUUAUAUGACCUCUUCAUUGAUCAUUAGAGAUGACGUGUUCCUUUGUGUACAGAUCUUGUAAGUGACUACAACCUGAAGUACAUCACUGCCUUCAGUCCCAGGAAGCUAAGAUAGUUCAGACUCUCCUUCAGCUGCCCUGAAAUAGUUCCCACUCCUAUUGGAAGUUGCAGGCUCUAGCCCAAGGCUGCACGAUCUCAGAAAAUAGCAGCUACCAGAAGUUGAAUACAUGAACAGUUUUGCACACGAAGCCAGCAGGCUUACAGCCAUAAGGAAGUACUAUUUCUGUCCUGAUGUAACCAGAAGCAAGAAUGCUGAAAUUAGUUUCUGUUUCUGGUAAUACAGAGUUUAGCAAAGCUCUCCGGCAGGGAAAGGAGGUUAGAGUCUAUCAGGCAGGCUGAGGUCUGUGUCUGUAUGAAACCAUUCAUGCAUGUCUCCAGCCUGCCUAGAGGAUGGCCUCUGCCGUCUUCAUAAGCAGCUCUGCAUCUGUCUUCAGUCUCCUACAUUCUUCUUCUCACCAGAAUUCUCACCUUAAAAGAGAGCUCACUACAUCUGACUUCCUCACGUCUUACUUUUCGCCUUUGAAAAUAUGCCAAGAUUCAGUUAAAUAACUACAAAACCCCUUUGUGUACUUGCCUUAGUGCUCUUUACAUGCUCCUAUGUUUAUACCUGAACUGAAUGCAGGUACAAGAGGAGGAUACCACCUUCUUUUCCCUGUUUCCCAACCCUACAGUACUCUUUGGCCUAAGGCAGGGGUGUCCAACUUCUAAGCAGCCAGGGACUGCACACUGUGGGGGCUAUGGCUCCUCCAGGCUAUAUGCUGCACUGUACAUAGGGACCUGCCAUGGGCUCCCCUGCUGGCUCCCCCAGCAUGGUGGGCUGUACUGUGCUAUGCCACACUUCCCCCCUGGAGCAGGGGCAUGCACCAGAAGCUGAAGGGGGACCCCUGAGCGCCUCAGCUGAUGCUGCCAUCCAAGUGAUAAGGACAGCUUAGCAGUGGACAGGUGAGAGAAUGUUAACCCUCAGCAGGCUGCAGCUUGCCAGUUGGACAGCCCUGGCCUAGGGAAAGGAGCAUAGAGCUGGGAGCCAGUUCUAGUUUCACCUGUUUCGUGGACUGAUUAAUAUCAACCAUACUCUGCACUUCACAGCUGUUAUUGAACAAGGCUAUAGGACAGAAUGUAUUGUCCACCUUGUUAUACAUAUGUGGAAAUAGCACUAGAGUACCAUUAGAACUGAUUGGACGCUGGAUUUCCCAUGGAAAAGUUUGAUUAAAUCAAGUGAAUUUUUCCUUGGAAAAAAAUUACUCUAGCUAAAAAUUGGAAACUAAAACCUGCAGGUUGUCAACU